GGACAGGACAACUGAGGAGGAGGUGCUGGUGUCAGCUUUACAGCAUUCUGGAGUUUCCACUGGAGGAAGUAGUCAUAUAAUCAGUGUUAAUGCAGACCAUAAUCCUCUUUUAAUCAGAAUCUGAUGAUGAUGAAGAACAGACUUUGAAGAUCCAGUAAAGGUUUUGAACAUGACGCAGCUUUCGAGAGAUGAUUGUGCUCUAGAGUAAACAAAUACAAAUAAGUGCAAGAGUUUUCAGAUCUGUUGUUCAACUCAACAGUUCAGCGGAGGAACAGAAAAAUCUGCAGGCAUUAUUUGAGCUGUGAAUAGGUGAAGCACCAUGGCGAAUGUUAAACUGCUGCUCGACGACUCACUGAAUGGACUGUUAGAAGCUGAACUAAAGAAGUUUCAGUGGUGCUUAGUGAAUGACCAUGGAGAUAUUUCAAAAGCAGAAAUGGAGAAUGCAGACAGCAUGAAGACAGUGGAUAAGUUGGUGUCAUGUUUUGGACCAGAAAGAGCUGUGAAGAUCACAGUGGACAUCCUGAGGAAAAUAAAGCAGAAUGAAUUGGCUGAAAAGCUGGAGAAUUCAGAGAAGCAAGGUACAGCUUCAGAGAACUGUAAAUCCCCUCCUGUUGAUUACACAAACACCAGCCGUGAACUAAAGGAGAAGUUAAAGAAGGAAUAUAAGCAGAUAUUAAUUGGUAAUUCACAGAAGGGUCAUCGGAAGCCUCUGGAUGAUAUUUACACUGAUCUAUAUGUGGUGGAGAACGAAACUGGAGGAAGAGAGAAUGACCAUGAGGUGAUACAAAUAGAGUCAAAACACAACCAACAGACAGCCAAGGAUAAACCACUCAAGUGUAAUGACAUGUUUAAAGUUCAGCCUGACACCGAACAAAAGAGAAGAGUCCUGACACUGGGGAUCUCAGGAGUGGGAAAAACUGUCUCUGUCAAUAAAUUCAUCCUUGACUGGGCUGAAGAAAAAGACAAUCAGGAAAUAGUCUUCAUAUUUCCACUGCCGUUCCGUACACUGAAUCUGAUUAAAAAAGAAAAGUACAGUCUCAUAGGUCUGCUUAACAAGUACUUCUUUAGUAGACCAGGAGGACUGAGCUCUCUUCCUGAAGAACAAGGUAAGGUCAUGUUCAUCUUUGAUGGGCUGGAUGAAUAUUGCUUUGAAUUGAACUUUAAAGAGGUGGAUGGAUUUACAGAUGUUCAUGAGGAAAUGACAGUGAGUAAGAUAGUAACAAAUCUCUUAAAGAGUGAGCUUGUGCCCUCUUCCCUCAUCUGGAUCACAUCCAGACCAGCAGCAGCCAGUCUGAUAGACCGAAACUACAUUGAUCAGGUGACUGAGGUGCGAGGAUUCAAUGAUGAGCAGAAGGAGCAGUACUUCAUCAAAAACAGCAGUCCUGAGAUUGCUGGAAACAUCAUCGGCCACAUCAGGAAAUCCAAGAGUCUGUAUAUCAUGUGCCACAUCCCCGUCUUCUGCUGGAUCUCUCUCACUGUUCUUCUGCCUUUGCUGGGUCAAGAGAGCAAUGACAAAACACCCACAACUCUCACAGAGAUGUACACCAACUUCUUACUGUCUCAAAAGCAACAGAUGAAAGAAAAAUACAGCAGCAAUUCUGAACCUGAAGCCAAUGCCAGGUCUUUUGAUGACAUUGUUCUGAAGCUUGGGGAACUGGCCUUUAAACAGCUGGAGGAAGGAAAACUGAUUUUCUACAAAACAGAUCUGCAGAAGUGUGGCCUAGAUGUCAAGGAAGGGUCUGUGUUCUCUGGAUUAUGUACUCGAAUGUUUCAGGAGGAAAACCCCUUUUCAGGGGAACAGGUUUACAGUUUUGUACAUCUCAGCGUUCAGGAGUUCAUUGCUGCUCUCUAUGUGUUUUUCACUUACAAAGACAAGAAAGCAAAUCCAUUUCUUGAUUCCAGGAAAAAUGAACUGACACGGAAACAGUCUACAAAGACCCUGUUUCAACUUCAUAAGGAUGCAGUCAAGAAGACUUUACAAAGCAAGAACGGACACCUGGACCUUUUCCUCCGGUUCCUGCUGGGUCUUUCACUGGAGUCUAAUCAGAGUAACCUGAAGCAGCUCCUGCCAGGACUGAUGCUUAAAACUGACAAGAUCAAAGACACGACUGACUAUAUUAAAAAGAAAAUAGAGAAGACGAAAUCAGCAGAGAGGACCAUCAACCUCUUCCACUGUCUGAAUGAAUUGAAAGAUAACUUUGUGGAGGAACUCCAGAAGAGUCUGAGCUCAGGAAAUCUUACAGCACAGAAUCUUUCCUCUGCUCAGUGGUCGGGUCUGGUGUUUGUGCUCCUGAUGUCAGAAGAAACUCAAGAGAAGUUUGAACUGCAGAAAUACAGAAGGUCUGAUGAAGCACUGAUGAGGCUGAUACCAGUGGUCAAAAACACCAGUAGAGCACUGCUACAGGGCUGUAAUCUCGGUGUUCGGUGCUGUGAGAGUUUGUCUUCAGCUCUACAAUCGUCAAACUGUGUCCUGAGAGAGCUGGACCUGAGUAACAAUGACCUGCAGGAUUCAGGAGUGAAGCUUCUCUCUGAUGGACUGAAGAGUCUAAACUGUAAACUGGAGAUACUGAGAUUGUCUGGCUGUAUGGUGACAGAGGAAGGCUGUGGUUUUCUGUCUUCAGCUCUGAAUUCAAACCCCUCACACCUGAGAGAGCUGGAUCUGAGCUACAAUCAUCCAGGAGAUUCAGGAGUCAAGCUGCUCUCUGAACAACUGGAGGAUCCAAACUACACACUGGACAAACUCAAUCUGGAUCAUGGAGGAGAGACGAGGAUUACAGCAGGACCAUGCAAAUAUGCCUGUCUUCUCACACUGGAUCCAAACACAGCAAACACUGAACUCAUCCUGUCUGAGGAGAACAGAGAGGUGAAGCGUGUGAGAGAGAAACAGUCGUAUCCUGAUCAUCCAGACCGAUUUGAUGUUCAUCCUCAGGUUUUGUGCAGAGAGAGUGUGUGUGGACGCUGUUACUGGGAGAUUGACUGGAGUGGAGGUGUUGUGGAAAUAUCAGUGUUAUAUAAGAGCAUCAGGAGGAAUGGAAAUGGUGUUGAGUGUGUGUUUGGAUGUAAUGCUCAGUCCUGGAGUUUGCGCUUUGAUUCCUCCAGUUUCACAUUCAAACACAAUAACAUACACACUGGUCUCCCAGUAAAGCCGCUCAGCAGGAGAAUAGGGGUGUUUGUGGAUCACAGUGCAGGAACUCUGAUCUUCUACAACAUCUAUAGAGACACAAUGAGGGUCAUCCACUCAGUCCAGACCACAUUCACUGAGGCGCUCUGGCCUGGGUUUAUGGUUUAUUCUGGAUCAUCAGUGAAACUGUGCUAAAGACUGAGGAGAGAUUUACCCAGCAUCCUCUGCAGAAGCAGUCAGCUGCAGCAUGUGUGUGUGUGUAUAAGUGUUGUAAUGUAAAACCAUUCACUAAUUCACAAUAAAAUAUUCAAUAAAUAAAUAAAGUUUCAAUAACAAAGCAUAUAUGUCCACCCUGUCAAAGAAAGAUUUGUAACAGGAUGGACAAAUGACAAGGAGGACAUUUUUGGCUAAAGAUAGCAUUCAACACAGGUUUUACCUGCAGCUGUAAAGUGUUUCCCUAUUUAAGGUCUUUGUACACGGUUUAAAAGCUAUAUUUUUCAUUUCUGAAAGUUUUUAUAAAAAUUAAUAUUUCACUAUGACAGUUAAGCUUGACAACAUUCAUUUUCAAACAAUAUGAGGAAAAAUACGAAACAUUUACUUUGUGCACAGCAGAUGAUUAAACCUCCUCUGAAGAAAAGCAAAAUGGGCACGGGGAUGCCAAUGUGUACAUCAGAGGGUUUCUUAAAGGGGCCACAUCAUGACAGGGUGGACAGCAAUUUCAAGGACACGUGCAAAAUGAUUAAUAAUGUUAUGAAAACAAAAUCAAAGUUAUUAAAAUGACUUUUUUUGUCAAAUAACUUGUUAAAUAUAAUAAGAAUAUUUAAAAAAAUCUUUUUAAUUUGAACUAAUUUACCUACUUUUUAGACUCACUGAAGUUGUCUGAGCAGUGUGUGGGACAUGGCAAAAUCACAUCUAUUCAAUGAAAGAAUAUGGCAAAAACAGACAAAAACACAUUUCAAAACACUUAUAAUUUUACCUGCAUGUGUAUAAAAGUUUAACCAAUUAUAUUAAAACAUCAGAGUUUCAUUAUUGCGCAUUAUGUUCAUAUAGGACUGAUGCAAUCUUGUGGGACAUCAAAGACACUUUAUAGUGAUAAUGACCCAGCUAGUGAAACUAAAUCAUGUAGUAGUAAUGGGUGCUUUUUACUUAAAGGGCACCUAUUUUACCCCCUUUUCAAGAUUUAAGAAAAGUCUUUUGUGUCCCCAGAAUGUGUCUGUUUAGUUUUAGCUCAAAAUACCCAUCAGAUUAUUUGUUUAGAAUGUUGAGAUUUUCUGCUUUAAACACUUAGACUUAGUGGAUUAAAAAUACUUUGUCAAAAUUAUCUUAAAAUGUUUAGAGUAAAGGUUUUGAUCAGCUCCAAAUACUGAAUAUAUGUUUGUGAGAAAUUGGAAAACGAGAGAGAAAUGUAUCAAUAAGUCAUGACUGCAACAUUAAUUGGCAAAAAAAACUAAACAAAAAAAGACUUAUUUUGGCGUGGCGUGUGACGUCAUAAGGCUGCGCCGCUCUUGCAAUGGGAUUCGACAGGAGAAAGGUUUGUUUUAAAGCGUUUACCUAAAUAUAAACCGAUUGAUUAAAGUUUCAGUUUUUUUUCCGAUGCUAAAUUAUGUACCUGCUGUUAACGAUAUUGUUUUAACCCUUUAUACAAUGUAGUACUUUUUUUACUCAAAGUAAUAAAGAGUUAUUGUUUGAAUAAAGCAACAGAAAUGUGUGUAAUAAGUGUUUUAAUGAAGGUUUAGUUGAUAAAAUAGCUUAAUGUCAUUCCAUUCUAAGUAUACAUCACUAUAUAAGAAAUGGAGUCUGUUAAACAUAGCAAGAACACACCUUUGUGAAUACUAGAAGCUUAACACAAUUACUCACUCCCUUGGUUACAUGCACAAUUUCUCCAGUCUCCUGGUCCACACUGGAAAUACAGAAAGCCUCAACAAAUGCAGCCCAACCAUUAACAAUAAUGCACACUAGCAAACAACUCCUACCUUUCCUCAGACCAAACGACACGCCGGAACAACGUCACCCAAGCUUCCCCCUGACGUAUGGUUUAAAGCUCAGUGCAACGGUGUAUUAUAUGCCUCAAAGUAGUUAGGGGUACAC